GCGCGAGCAAAAAGGUCUUUGCCACACUAGCCGGGAAUGUGCUUCCUGCCCGCUGCUGCUGGCUGGGGACAGGCUACGCGAGCUCUCGUCGUCUGCUCCAUUUGAUGGUGGAGCUCCUCCUUCCCUUUUCCAUCUACGUUCCCCUCGACAUCCAGUCUCCUGGCUUUUAAUCUUUCCUUUGCUUUCCCUUGUGCCCUUUCCAAAAGAGCCGGACAAUUCAACCGUCCGCUCCCCCCUCCCUCGUAGUCGCCCGCACCUGCUGCGAGCAGAUCGAGAGCCAGCCAAGGUUGGCAGCCACCCACCCUCCCGCAACGCAACCACCAUCUUCUAGACCCUGCCCAGAGCGCCAGCGUCGAGAGUAAAACGUUCGAUUCGAAUUCCAGCUGCUGGGACCAGCCCGGUCCAACCACAGCCGUCCCCAGCCAGCCUGGGCCAUCCAAUUCACAGCAUUCCCCCACGGGCGAGUCGUAGCGGCCCCAGGCCAGCCAGCCGUCCAACCAGCGCAGGUUAUUUGGGAAACUCGGAGACAGCGCCUGAGACCACCCUGGCUCCCCGCCGUCACCGCCCUUGUCGCAUUGAAAAUCAGAGCCGGGUCUGGCACGACCACAAAAUUUCCUUGUUCGGUGCCAACAAGCCACCCGCCCGCACCCUUCUGGCGCCCGUGCCCUCACCAGACCACGCGCCACUGCACCCCACAGAAUCGAAGAACGUCCAGAACAACCCCGGGUGGAGAAGGACGAUCCAGUCGCGAGGCGCAAAACGGGGCACUGGAACCCGCCAGGUGCCACUUUUAUUUUCCUCGAGACUCGCCCCCCGUUUCUCCUAAAAGCCCAAAGUCCAAACUUUCUGGAGGUAACAUACCCAGGGAAAAAACAAAUACUAGAAAAAAGCAAGUCGUCCAUGACGGGCACUUGUUCUCCUCCUCCUUCACCUCGACCACCGCUCGAGGACUGUCGCAGACUGUUGGGCUCACUGGUUCGAUGAGGUUGGACAUCGCUGUCCAUCUCGCACCCAUCCGAUUUCGCCCACCAUGGCCGUCGUCCUGCAGACCGACGACAACAGCUAUUUCCAGACCUCGGCGCUGCGCCGCUCACACUCGCAGCCCAAGUUUGGCUCAUCACAUUCGUCGUUCCACUCCUCCGCCUCGGCAUCUCGAAUAAGCGACGCCUAUGCUCAUCAGCCCGUCAAGGUCUACUCGGACUCGGCCAUCUCGUCCGAGACAUUAUCUCCUCACAUCCUGAACCCCGACUCCUCGGACCUGUCAUAUCCUUCCACGCCCACCACCGCCACCAGUAGCGUUACGAGCACAUCCUCCCAGAACCUCGCCCCGCCCCGUCGCACAACACGCCAUCACCACCGACCCAUCCCCGACGAAGACGACAGCGACUUUGCAUACCCAGGCUCAGAUGCAAGCUACCUAAACGAAGUCGAGGACCUCGAGCCCCCGCCGAGUCCCAGGACAGGCGACUCAUAUAGUGUCUCCCCCAACGGUGAUGAAACUUCCACAACCGAGGAAUCGUCGCACCCGGUCACCCCCGACUUUUACGACCACGCCGACGAUGACAUUGCCGUACGGGCAUUACCGUCGCGCCACGUGGACUACCUGUCCCAUAACUGGCGAGAGGAAGAUAUCUGGGAAUCUUGGAAGUACAUCGUCGCCAGGAAAGCCGACUACAGCAAUGCUGCGCGCCUAGAAAACGCCUCGUGGAGGACCUGGAUGAAGUCGAAGAAUAAGCUUCGGACGAUUUCUCCAGAGACUCUGAACUGGCUCAAGGACUGCGAUGUGACAUGGCUCUACGGACCGCUGCAGACCGGCUUCGCCGGGCUAGACCCCAACAUGGGGGAGUCGUCCGAGGCCACGAUGCCCAAGUCGCCCUCCCACGUCAAGAAGCCUAUCCUGAAGAAGCGGAGCAUGUCGGAAGUCAUGCUGCAGAGGUCAAUAUCAACCUCGUCGCUCGUCAAGCAGGCGGCUGCGGCAGUCCAAGCCCAGCAGAAGGAGGGGGCUGGCGGCCGGUUGCUGCGGCCAAGGCUAGAGAGGGCGGCGACUGAUUAUAUAACAUUGCCGCUGUCGUCGCGCCGGCACAGCCCUGGGAACUCUAGCCACAUCACCUCCAGCUCCUCGUCAAGGCUCGAGUCCCCGGCCGGUGAACGGAAGCACAUCCACUUCAAAGAAGAGGUCGAGCAGUGCAUCGCCGUCGAAGUCAAGGGGGAGGACGACGAGGACUUUGAUAAUUAUAGGUACCCCGCCGGCUACGACAGCGACUCGGACAACGACGCCAUCAUGAUGAAGCGGACGGCAAUCAAGAAGCGCCGGCCGGUGCUCAAGAGGAACAAGAGCUCAAGCGGCGAGAAGACCAUUGCCAUGCUCCCCUCGACCACUCUCAAGUACAGAGAGGACACUCCCGAGCCCCCAGAGGCUUCCACGGCCAUGAAGCACAGCUACAGGAGUCCGACCUUGACUCCGUCGUCAUCGCAAGAGACGCUCAAGCCGUCCAAGUCCAAAUCGUCAGGCAAGGGCAUGUUAUUUGCUGACGAUGACGACGACGACGACGACGAUGAUGAAGAUGAGCAGCAACAUGUGGAAAACCGGGACGAAGAGGGCGACGAUGACGAUUCCGACGACGACGGCAUCACCAUGGGGCCCUCGAGGUCGCGGCCAGCCGUGUCUCUACUGGGCGGCGGCGGCAGCUCCUCCAGAGGCCUCUCGGACUCAUUGUCUGGGUCUUCGGGAUCCGGGCUAAAGCGGACAACCUCAUCAAGCAGCCUUUCCGCAGAACCGACCGGAAUGCGACGAACAGAAUCUGCCCGAGAUAUUGCUCAUGUCAUUUGGAACGUGGGCUGGAGGAAGUGAGAGGGACGCAAAAUGUUUUUGUUUUAGCCCCCGCUCGCCUCGCCUCCCCCUCCCUCCUCAUUGAUACCCAGCACGACGCGAAGAAUUUUUGUUCAGACACUGCCGCCAUCAACACGCUGCCCAGCAUAUGCUGCUUUCAAACCACUUGGCUUUUCUGCUUGCUACCCGGGAGCCUAUUGCCGAGGGGCUGGGAUAUGAGGGCGCUCGAAAUCUGGGGAUAUUUUGGACAAUGGCUUCGGUUGAAACCGGACGACUGGCACACCCCGGCUUCCUUGUGGCCGGGUUAGAAUGGCCGGACGAGACGGGAGAAAUCGGCUUGCGCCUUUUUCUAGCGCCACGUCAGCCAGCUCUCGAAGACAUGGCCCCCCCUUACAGGACCCCUUACGAUCCGGACUCAACCUUACAGUCGCGAGACGCCCAUCGACGAAAUCCACCGGCGAGCCGAUCGCCCGAACCAUCAUACAUACACGCAAACUCAAGCUCCGAUGCCACACCCCCCACGAUAAUGGCAUCUCGAGAUCGCCACGCAAUGCUGUUCGAGCACAUGUUAGACUGCUGGCCCCUUUAAUUCUGCAACCACCGGCCUCAUUCAGGCGUGUCAUUGCACUGCCAGUUUGUGCGCUUUUUGCUGUCACUACCUUCCGAUUCAUUCUUAUGAGGCCUUGGUCGCGGCCUUUUAUCUCUUUUAUAUACUUGCAGGCUAAUCGGCCGGCAGGUUCUACCUGUCUUGUCCGCCUGCCGCGGCAGCGGUGUUCAUGGUGCUCGGGUUUCUUUUUUUUUCCUUGUCGUUUUGCUGGUCAGCCAGGCUAGUCCUAUUGAACGGCCAGAUCUGCCAUGCCACUGCAUACAUAUUGCCCCGAAAACAGCCUGUCAUAUUUUGUUCUUGUUAUUUGCGCAAAAAGAAGACCUUCCAAUAGGAAAGACCUUGCGAUGGAUCUAUUCCCAGGCGUCAUCGCACACGCGGAGAUGGAAGGCGUCAUCAUACACGAGGGGAGAUGGGGAAAACGUUCUUUCGGAAGGGGUGGGAAAAGUUAAAAACUGGGUUAUCGGCGGCGUUAAUUCUUUUCUCUCUCCUUUUGUAUCAUUCUCCCACCUGUCUUUAUCCAUCUCUCUUUGGUCUCCUUGUGGCUGGUAGCAACAGACAGGGUUGCCAGCCCUCUUACUCCAAUUUUCUGCAGCUUAUUUCUGCUCGCGGGACAUGUCCAGGUCAAGUUUAUGCCUGGAUAGGAUGGAGCCUGACGAUUGAUUGGACUGAAGAAUGAUGCUUCUAAUCAUUUUCAUUGGUUCCAGUUGCUUCACCCGCUUCCUGUCCGGUUUUCUGUUAUCAAAUCUUCCCUGUCUUUUUUCCCCUUCACACUCUUGAGGCGGUGAGGACAGCGGCAGACAACUCGGCAGGUCGACAAUCACCCUAGCCGAGAGAGGAUCCCAUCGAGUCAGCGAGCGAGCGAGCACUGCAACAAUGGGCAAGGCCAUCUGCAAGCGGCAUGCAAGAAGAGCGAGCGAAGCGGACGGGUGGUCGCUGUGCCUCGUUUCGGUUGCUUGGGGGCGGCCGCCCAAAAGCAUUGGCCAACGGAUGGCCUGAUGUUACCGCACUAGUUUUUCCCCCUUGUCAUUACUAUGAACAUUUUCUUUUUGGGGGGUUUUUUUUUCCCUCCCUCUCUCGGUUUUCCUCUUUCGUCCACCGCUGGCAUAGCGUGGCUGAUUUUUUUUCUGUCUCCCCUCCCUUGCUGCUGGCUGUCAUCUCCACGUUUACGUUUUACUUCCAGUUCAGCUCGAUCCUUACCGGGGAACCGCUGGGUAGCCUCGAGCACCGGAGGGGGGGUUGGUGGGCCAAACCCAUUUCUGCCCAACCUGCCCAACCGUUAUCCCUUGGUUUCUUUGCUUUGAUUUCGGGUCUGUUUUUUCAUGGCGUCUUGGGGGGUUCGGGCUUGGGCAGAAUUGUUCCCAUGUUACAGCGGCGGAAGCGCAAAGUUUGACAGGCGAGAGAGCGCAGCUCCAAGGGGGGCUCGACAGCCUGGUUUGGCAGUCUUUUCGCCGAUAAUUUUCUUUUUCACUCCUUUUUCUCGAUCGUCGGCUGGCCUGGCUCCUUGAGUCGGCCACAUAAUGAGGGUUGCACAUAGAUAUAAAUGAUGGAAGGAAACGGAACGGGCAAACCGGAAUGGGAAAACUGAGGUGGAAUGUACAUGUAUAUAUACAACACAUAUCUUUACAUACAAAUAAGUGAUGCAUGUUGACCAAGG